GUUCGUUCAGCUGGCUGGAGCUGCGAACGAACGGUCAUGUGCUCCUAAAUCCUUGGGGUGCCCUGGUCGCCGAACCCUUCCGUCCCCGCCGUUGUCUCGCUGGAAUUGAGCCAAGCAACCCCUCCGCCAUGGCGCACGCGGCCGCCGCCGCCGUGCUGCUACGUCGUCCGCUCCUCUUCCUCAAGGAGGCCCGCCUCCUGUCCUCACUCGCGGCGCCCUUACCUGGCCUCCGCCGCCACCCGCGCGCCCUCCGACCCGCAGGCCGCCCCUUGCCCUCCGAUGCCGAGGACGACACCGACGAUCCAGACGCCGGUGCCGGCGCCGAGUCCUUCAAGAAGAGCCGCAACGAACUGAAGCGGGAGGCCCGCCGCGCCGUGAAGUGGGGGAUGGACCUCGCCAGCUUCUCCCCGCCUCAGAUCAAGCGCAUCCUCAGCGCCGCGUCGCUGGAGCGCGAGGUGUUCGAUGCGCUCAUGCUCGUCAAGAAAUUUGGGCCGGAUGUGCGGGAAGGAAAGAGGAGACAGUUCAAUUACAUCGGAAGACUUCUGCGCAAUGCACAACCAGAAUUGAUGGAUACUCUAAUACAGGCUUCCAAGGAUGGAGAUGAGAGCAAGUUACAUGCCUUACUUAGUGAAGGUACAUUGUUGGUGGAAGAGGAGGAAGUCGAGGACCUACCUGAUGAACAAGAGGACAAUCAAGAGUAUAUCAAAAUUGCAGAUAGAUGGUUUGAUGGCCUCCUUUGCAAAGACAUUUCAGUUACUAAUGAAGUUUACUCUGUCCAUAGUGUUGAAUUUGAUCGUCAGGAACUGCGAAAGCUUGUGAAGAGAGCUCACAUGGUCCAAGAAAGCACACACAAUAAAGAUGGGGAAGAUUCUAAUGUGAAGCUUUCUGGAGCAAAGAAAACACUUAUGAGGUUCCUUCGUUCCCUAGCAAAGGAGGCUUAUGCUGCAUAGGCUAUGUUUUGUUUAAGCUUCAAGCUACCUAUGGAAUGUCUCAAGGAGGACAGUGAAAAUCACAUUGAAUCAGUUGCCUAGUAGACCAUGCCAUAUUGUGCGGCCGUAGCUUUUACUCAUCCACCUGCAAUUUUUGGAGCUUUACUGAAGAAAUAGCAACUGUGCUGGUGAUUUUGGAGUUAGUAGUUGUAGAUAGAUCUGAAUCACCAUGUCAUGGCAAGGGAGGAGGGAUUAACAGUUUAUUUCUGAUGCUAAAUGUGAGGGUUCAGAUGUCAUAUAACCAGGGAAGAUGCUUUGGUGUGAAAUCAAGAUGCUGGUAGCAAUAAUAUCUGAUUCACAGCGUGGUGCCAUUUGUUUGGUUUACAGGAAGUUGGGUGUCAUUUUAUUUUGCAAAGGAUUUGUAUUCACCGCUUCUUGAGUCCAAAUCUCAUCAAGAUUCAAAUUGUUUUUUGGCCAUGUAAUGUAAUUAAAAGACCUACCCGUAAAACAUUAUUAGUACUGUAUAUCCGAAGUGACUUUUCACAAGGUUUUGUUUUUUAUUUGAAGAAACUUUGGUCCGGACUCA